GGAGGGAAAUGGAGGCGUAGAAGAAGAAAUCGAGCCGAGUCUGGCUAGCUUGGAGUUUCGAGCUAGCUUAAAUACUGCGAAGAAAACGUUGUUUUUAUCACUUUGCAUGUGGCGUUAAAGUUAUCCAGGACAUUUUUUUUUGUAUUCCGGGAUUUGUUCUGUACCAAAAGAUGAGGGAGGACAAGAAUUUAACAUGUUUUCUUUAUUUGGAUGGAUCAUCAUGACUGGCAGCGAGGGAGAAGUCGAGGUCACAGGCGCUACGAGGAUGAUGAGGAGGCCCAGCCAGUCUACAUCGGCGUUCCAGCUUCCCACAGACGGAAGAGGCGCAGACAUCAUUCCUAUGUCAGCGACCCUGACCGGGACUCGCGGCACUCGCACUACGAUCACCACACACACCGUGAACACUCCCACCGGGGACAUUACCACGACAGAGAGGAGCACUAUGACGAUGACGAGGGCAGUGCGGAGCGUCACGAGCAGCUCGACCCCUCAGUGUCCCCUGCAGCAGAGCGGCUGCGCCACAUACUGGGAGAGGAUGACAGCACCCCAACACCAACACUGUUCACUGAGAUGGACACACUACAACAUGAGGGCGGCGAGUUAGAGUGGAAAGAGUCUGCAAGGUGGGUGAAGUUUGAGGAGAAGGUGGAGGAGGGAGGAGAACGAUGGAGCAAACCUCAUGUGUCCACGCUGACCCUCCACAGCCUGUUUGAGCUCAGGACUUGCCUGCAGACAGGAAGCAUCCUGCUCGACCUGGAGGGCUACUCACUGCCACAGAUUGUGGAUGACAUCGUGGAUCGGCAGAUUGCUGAUGGUCUCAUUCCUCCGGAUCUGAAGGAGAAGAUCAGCUUCGUGUUGCUCAGGAAGCACCGUCACCAGACCAAGAAACCAAUCCACCGCUCGCUGGCAGAUAUCGGAAAGUCCUCCAACGCUGCUUCUAACCGUAGUCCUCAAGUUAAUCUGAAUCGUAGUACUAGUUCAGCUUCUGGGAUCCACCGCUCCACAGAAGACCUACGCUCUCGGCAGUCAAGCAGCCUUGGCCGCUUGCAUCCUGCCCAGAGCCGAAGCAUGAACGAUAUUUCAGACACACCGAGCACAGACCAGCUGAAGAAUAAAUUCAUGAAGAAGAUUCCUCGUGAUGCGGAAGCAUCCAAUGUCCUGAUCGGUGAGGUGGAUUUUCUGGAAAAACCCUUCGUCUCUUUCGUACGUUUGGCUCAGGCCACGACUCUCGGAGGCCUCACCGAGGUUCCUGUACCGACAAGGUUUCUCUUCAUCUUGCUGGGUCCUCACGGCAAAACCAAGUCCUACAAUGAGAUUGGCAGAGCUAUCGCUACGCUCAUGGUGGAUGAUCUGUUCAGUGACGUUGCCUAUAAAGCGAGGGACCGUGACGACCUGAUCGCAGGUGUUGAUGAGUUUCUGGAUGAGGUGAUUGUCCUGCCUCCAGGGGAAUGGGACCCGAAAAUACGAAUCGAACCUCCGAAGAAGGUUCCAUCGGCAGAAAUGAGGAAGUCAGUGCUAAACCUGAAUGAGCUGGGUCAAAUGAACGGCUCAGCCGGUGGGGCAGCUGGAGGAGAAGACGAAGAGCUUCCAGCUCCACAUGAGCUUGGGGAGGAGCUGAAAUUCACUGGGAGGUUUGCAGGUGGAUUGUGGCUGGACAUCAAGCGGAAGAUCCCGUGGUAUUGUAGUGAUAUCUACGACGGCUUCCAUAUCCAGUCCAUCUCUGCUGUGCUCUUCAUCUACCUGGGCUGCAUCACCAAUGCCAUCACCUUCGGAGGACUGCUGGGGGAUGCUACCGACAAUUACCAGGGAGUGAUGGAGAGUUUCCUCGGCACGGCUUUAGCAGGAACUGUCUUCUGUGUGUUCGGCGGGCAGCCUCUCAUCAUCCUCAGCUCAACUGGUCCCAUUCUCAUUUUUGAAAAACUGCUUUAUGAAUUCAGCAAGAGUAAUGGUAUAGACUACAUGGAGCUGCGUCUGUGGAUUGGCCUUCACUCAUGUCUGCAGUGUUUUCUGCUGGUAGUCUCAGACGCCAGCUACAUUAUCAAGUACAUGACCCGCUUCACAGAGGAGGGUUUCUCCAGCCUCAUCUCCUUCAUAUUCAUCUCUGAUGCCAUUAAGAAGAUGGUGGGAGCGUGGAAGUAUUACCCAGUCAACCGCGGCUUCAAGCCCGACUACAUCACUGCCUAUAAGUGUGAAUGCAUCGCGCCAGACCAGGCAUCUGCUCUGGGCUUGAAUGUUUCAGCUCCGCUCGCAGACGAUAACAUGACUUUGCUGUUUAACUUGACAGACCUGGACUGGAGCCAGCUGAGUAAGAAAGAGUGUGUGAAGUACGGCGGUGCGCUGGUGGGGAACUCCUGUAAGUAUGUUCCCGACCUCGCCCUCAUGUCGUUCAUCCUCUUCUUUGGCACCUACUCCAUGACUGUUUCCCUCAAGAAGUUCAAGUUCAGCCGCUACUUCCCGACAAAGCUCCGUUCCCUGAUCAGUGAUUUCUCCAUCAUCAUUUCUAUCCUGGUCUUCUGUGGACUGGACUGCCUGCUGGAUUUGGACACCCCCAAACUGCACGUGCCCACUGAGAUCAAGCUGAGGAAGCUAAUCAGUGAUUUUUCCAUCUUCAUGUCAAUCAUGUGCUUUGUGGGUCUGGAUAUGUUGAUGGGGUUAGACACGCCCAAACUAAUCGUUCCAACUGAGUUCAAGCCCACACGUUCUGAUCGGGGCUGGUUGGUGAUGCCUUUUGGUAAGAACCCCUGGUGGUGGUAUCUGGCCAGCUCUGUUCCCGCGCUCCUGGUCACCAUCCUCAUCUUCAUGGACCAGCAGAUCAGCGCCGUCAUCGUCAACCGCAAGGAAAACAAACUUAAGAAAGGUUGUGGCUACCACUUGGACCUGUUCUGGGUGGGCGUCCUGAUGGCGCUGUGCUCCUUCAUGGGUCUGCCCUGGUACGUAGCUGCCACCGUCAUCUCCAUCGCUCACAUCGACUCUCUGAAGAUGGAGAGCGAGUCCAGCGCCCCUGGAGAGCAGCCGCAGUUCCUCGGAGUGAGGGAGCAGAGGUUGACAGGUAUUCUGGUGUUUGUUCUGACGGGACUCUCAGUUUUCCUCGCUCCUGUUCUCCAGUUCAUCCCCAUGCCGGUGCUGUAUGGAGUCUUCCUGUACAUGGGAGUGGCCUCGCUGAGCGGCAUCCAGUUCUGGGAGCGGAUCAAGUUGUAUCUGAUGCCGGCCAAACACCAGCCGGACUUCUCCUUCCUGCGCCACGUUCCUUUGAGACGCGUCCAUCUUUUCACCCUCGUUCAGAUCGUCUGCUUGGCCGUCCUCUGGAUCUUGAAGUCCACCUUCCUCGCCAUCAUCUUCCCAGUAAUGAUUCUGGGUCUGAUGGUCGUGCGGAAGAUGCUGGAUCUGAUCUUCUCACAGCACGACUUGGCCUGGCUGGACGACAUCCUGCCAGACAAAGACAAGAAGAAGGAGGAUGACAAGACGAAGAAGAAGGAGAGGAGGGCGGUAGAGCAAGAAAGCGACGAGGAGCCCGUCAGCCCCGCCCCCCCUCCUGUGAAGAUUCCCAUGGAGGCCAUUGAGCCCCACACAGAACCCGUCCCCACCCACGUAAACUCCCCCACCCUGAACCAAACCUCUGAGUGAGAUGAACCCGUACUCGACCGUCACGUCCGAUCAAACUGAGUUAGACCGCAGGUACUGUGUGCUGAAACUGCACGUGCCCUACAGAGAUCUGCUUCACUCACCUGACACAAACACUGGCUGGGACAACAACACUGUCACCUUCAGACAACCAAACACAACAUAAAGAAACACACACUCUGCUCCGCAUCACUUGUAUUAUAUAUGUAUGUUGGAUGAUGAUUGUAGACAUGUUAAUCUGGAUUGUUUUUACAUUGCAGACGUGUACAGUAGAGAUGAUAAUAUAAGAGAUAAUUCAGUGCACUUGCAGAGAGAGUACUGUGUACAGUGCAGUGCAGAUCGUCUUUAUGAAUAUGCAGUAAGUUGUACAUACUCGAGGUCAGGGGUUUUCAAAGUUGACACUGUGGGGUGCCUUCCCUCUUCAUUCCCUGCUCUUCCCUUUCCCAUGAUGCUUUGGGAGACACACAUGAAGUAUAACUUGGCCAUGGAUUCAGCGAGCUACAACCUGAGCCCUGUUUUUUAAGGCUAUAUUUCAAUUUUAAAUAAUUAAAAGUAUGCCGAAUUAGCUGUUAGCACUUCCUGCUCACAGUGUACUCGUAGAUCUACAGACAACGAUCACUGGAUUACUGUGAUAAUGAACAAAACUUAAAAACAUUAAGAUUGUCAGGCAAAUUCUGUACUUACAAGGAGCAUCUUCCACCACUUCUAAGCCUAUUUGUGGCAGUUUAUUAACACAGGAGAUACAGACAUUGUUGACAGAUUGUUGAAUCUAAAAAUAUGUGUGUCAUGUCUAAUUUGUUGAAUUUAUCUUACUAAUUGGGCAGUUAAUGUUCUGAAGUACCUCCAGAUAUAAACAGGAUGUUGAGUGUUGGCAUGGAUUCAGUGAGUUCACAUUUGGGCAACAACAUGAAGCCUGUUUAUUCAGCUUAUUUUUUAUGUUUUGGAAAUUAGCACUGUUAAAAGUAUGCCGAAUUAGCUGUCAGCACUUCCUGUUGGCAGUGUGUCCAUGGAUGUGCAGACAACUAUGACUGAGUAGGUUGAUAGUGAAGAAAAACUUAGAAACAAGAUGUUUCUAAGGCAAGUUCUGCAGUUUACCCAUAAUAAGUCAGACUCGAGGGUUGUAAACUACCUUAUUCACCUUGUUUUUAGGACACCUGCAUGCAUCUUUCCCUUUCACCUCGUGCUUCGUCUGCACACCUUGACUCCCCUCUGAGGAGGCGCCUCACAGGUUGAAAACCUCUGCUCUAGGUCUGUCCUCCAACCUGAAGCCACUUCCUGUAGUCUCCUACUGUUUUGUGUAUUCUAAUCAUUGUAGUUCCUGGCAUAUCUAGACAGAUUAUUAUAAUCACUUUUGUCUGCUGCAAAAUGUUUCAUGUUCUGCGUUUGCAUCUGUCUGGAUGGUCACAUUGACCUGUGACUGAAUCAGAGGUUAGUUUCAGUGUUAUGAUCCCAUGCUGAAUGUGAGCCUGGAUACAAAUGUCAGGUUUGAACUAUCUGUCAGUUAUCUGUGCUUUUUAUUAAUUCACAUUAUAGUCGUGUGAUUGUGUUAGCUGUGAGAGAAAAGUGAGAUCUUUGGAUAUUUUAUAGCUUCAUUCUGAUGCCUGUUGUAAAUAUUUUGUGAGAUUUUGUCUUUGAAGGCCUUAUUAUAAUAAAGGUGGCACGGAGGUCUUUAAGGAUA